AUGGGGUAAUGUUCAUGUCAAGAAUAAAUUCCUAUCACAAGUGAGAUUCCUCCCCUAAACUUGUAUCAGAAGCCAUUGAUGAUUACAGAAGAAUAGAUUAAUGCAAGCUAGGCGACCCACCCUUUGGAAGCAGACAAGGCAUUUUCACAAGCCAAAACAAAAUAAAUGGAAGAUUUGGAAGAGCUAGAAUUGCAUAGGCCUAAUAAGGCAGAAGCUUGGGAAACAACCAAAAUUUUUGAAACGAUAUCAGAAAAAGUUAGAGAAUUAUAGAACGAAUUACCACCUUUGGAUCUCGAAGAAAGAGAAGGUUACUUUUAUGGAGUUUAUGAGCUAAAAAAUGGAUCCUUGUAUCAAGGCACUUGGAUUGAAGGCUUAAGAGAAGGAAAAGGCGCAUAGAUAAUGAAGAACGGAGCAUUCUAUGAAGGCUAUUUCGUUAAAGGAAGAUCUAAUGGUAAAGGUAGAAUGAUAUAUCCAGACGGAGAUUAUUAUGUGGGUGAAUGGUUAGACGAUUAACUUCACGGAUAUGGAGAGUACUAUCAUUCAGAUGGAACAAAAUACAAAGGAAAUUGGGUAAAGGAUAAACAACAUGGGUAUGGUGAGGAAUAUUUCAAAGAUUCUUCAAUAUUUAAAGGAUAAUUUCAAAAUGGUAAAAAAUUUGGUGAAGGAAAUUUUUAAUUUCCAGAUGGAUCAUUAUAUGAAGGCCAUUUUCACAAUAACUAUUUUUCAGGAAAGGGUAAAUACACCUGGCCGAAUACUAAAUAAUAUAUCGGUCUGUGGGAAGCCAGUAAAAUGAAUGGAAAAGGUGUAAUGAUUUGGUAAGAUGGAACUCGAUAUGAAGGAUCAUAUUUGGAUGAUAAAAAACAUGGAUUCGGAAUUAUCACAUGGCCUGAUUCUCGAUGCUAUUCAGGCUAGUGGUUAAACGGAAAAAUGCAUGGAAUAGGGGAAUAUACUAGUUCGACAGGGCAACAAAGGAAGGGAGAAUGGUGUAACGGCAAGAGGCUUAAAUGGAUUUGA